UCCACGACGACGAGGCCAGUUUAAAAUUUCCCUGGGUUAUGUUUCUAGUCUUCGUGCCUGUCCUAUUCAUUGUUCUUAUCAAAGAAUCCGAUUCACAGCAAAGCACUGUGACUUGCGGUUCGGUACUCAAGUUAGUGAAUACUGAUUUCAAUGCGAGACUUCACUCACAUGAUGUUCAGUAUGGUAGUGGGAGUGGGCAGCAGUCUGUUACCGCUGUAUCUGACGAAAUGGAUCCAAACAGCUACUGGCAGGUUGUUGAACGUAACGGUAGCCCCCAGUGUAAUCGAGGUAGAGUUAUAAAAUGUGGACAAAAAAUCAGGCUGUUGCAUAUUGCAACUCGAAAAUAUCUUCAUAGUCAUCACUUUCAGUCUCCUCUUUCGCCUAAUUAUGAAGUCUCAGCAUUCGGUGAUAAUGGCGUAGGCGAUGAAGGCGAUGAUUGGCAAAUUAUAUGUGAUGGUGCCUAUUGGAAACAGUCGUCAAACAUUCGUUUAAAGCAUAUUUCUACAGAAGGAUAUCUUCAUUUAUCUGGUAAACGUUAUAGUAGACCUAUAUCUGGACAAUAUGAAGUGUCUUCAACUCCAAAGUUAACUAAUGCAAUUACUUGGACAGCUGCAGAAGGUGUAUACAUUGAUCCAGUAGAGUCUGGAAAUAAAUCAACCAGUUCAACUUAUGCACAUGAUGAAUUUUGAUAUACUUGUUUAACAGACAUUGACUUUAAUUUCUUGUCAAAGGUCAUAGUUGUAAAUCAAUUGUUUAUUUUUCCGCUCUUUCUUUCUUCUUCCACUGACCUAUAAUAUAUAUAUAUAUAUAUAUAUAUAUAUAUAUAUAUAUAUAUAUUAACCUUGUGUUAGUUGUUGAAGAAAAUUAGACUUUAUAAUCUCAAGGUAAUGGUAUUCAUAUUGUAUAAUGUUAAAAUAUUGAAUCCAAGUGCACAUACACUUUCUCAAUAUGAUAAAUCACUAAGAGAUAGAUAACUUGAAACUUGAUUGAAACACUUCCUAGUUCUCAGCUCAUCUUAAAGAGUGUCUUGAAUUUGUAUAAUGAUUGAUUUUUUAAAAAAAGUUAACAACUGUUGAAACUGUCUUAGGCAAAAUCUCUUCCAUGUGUUUCCGUACCCCUAUUCGAGUUUGCUUUAAAUGGAAGUGCAAAAUUAUUCUGAUUGAUCAUAGUUACUGAUGCAUUGACAGUUAUUUUAAGGCAGAGAUUUGCACAGAUUGACAAAACUUUUCCGUGUAUUCAUUUGAGAGUAAUUGCAAAAAUAUUUAAUGUAUUCUUCAUCAUGCAGGAAUUGUACAAUUAACGUUUUGUAUAUUAUAAUGAUAACACUAUAUAAUUUAUUGUCAAUCUUUCUAUCAUAUUAUGUAUUGCAUAAUAAUAAUAAUAAUGUCUGUUUACUUGCUUCUACGUUUGUUUGUUUGUUUUCUUGUGUCGCUUUUUACUUGUUUAAAAAGGUUUUUCAUUAACCUUCAUAAGGAUUAGCCUAUUUGCAUAAAUAAAUUGUUGUACAUUUCAGUGCUAAUACGUUUGAUUCUUCGGCUUGCAAUGAAUGUAUUUUGUUAGUUUGUGUGUGUGUGUGUGUGUGUUUAUGUCAUGACAUACACAAUGCAAAUUUAUUUCUAUCGACUUUAUUAUGAGUUAAUAUUGUUUUGAUUUAACUGUACAAACAAAAUUAUAUUUAUUAACGUAAUAGUCAUAUUCACGUGAAUUUUUUGGAAGAAUUGGUUCGAAAUAAAUUCUACUUCAACAUUUAA